GAAUUGGAGAACUGUGUGAAAAUAUUUGAUAAAGAGGCCCUAAUAAUCUUUGUAUACUAUAGUCUGUAAUGUUCGAUCUUCACUGACCACGCUAGGGCAGGGCAAAAGAAAACGGAAGAGGAAAACCGCCAACGAAGGAGAGAGUAGCGAAGCAAUUGAGAUACUGUGACCCGACCAUCUCUCCACCGCCGCCUGCCGCCUGCCGCCAGUUUUACAAGACCAGCCGCCGACCCUUCAUCUAGCUAGCACCUAAUUCUAAGCUCGGCGACCAAUCACCUCGGUUUCACCAUAUCCAGAGGUAUUGAAGUUCUAAGUCAGAACUUCCGUUGCCACCAAAGAUUGAAAGAACUCAAAUAGGCAUAUAAUACAAAAGUGGCAGUGGGAUGGGGAGGAGAAUACUUAAUGAUGCAUUGAGGACAAUCGUGAAUGCUGAGAAGAGAGGGUUUGCUUCCGCUCAACUUCAACCUGUAUCUACUGUCAUGGCUAAUUUCCUUCAGAUUAUGAAGUAUCGUGGAUAUAUUAAAGAUUUUGAGGUACAGAACCCCCAUAGAGUUGGUAAGAUAUCUGUCCAGUUAACGGGUAGGGUCACUGAUUGUCGUGCUCUCUCACAUAGACAAGAUAUCAAGGCUCAGAACAUUGAGAGCUACGCAAAACGUACCCUUCCAACCCGUCAGUGGGGCUAUGUUGUGAUAACAACACCAAAUGGAGUUUUGGAUCAUGAGGAAGCAAUUCGACAAAAUGUUGGUGGUCAAGUCCUCGGGUACUUUUACUGAUCGAAGUCAAGCAAAAUUGAAGAUCAGAGAAAAUCACUCUCGUUAUUGUACAUUUAUAAAAUUGAUUGAUUGCAAAUCACCCUUUCUGGAAUGACAAUGCAAAAACUGGAGUUGGAUGAAAAUCAUGUCUUCCCGUUCUUUCUUGUUGCGGAAGAGACCAGAAAUAAAUUGCUUGUUUCGUGGUUAAAGGCUAUGGAGUUCAAAACCGUUUUUCUACUGUAGGAUUUCUAGUUUUGUUGGAUCAAUCCAAGGCCCCUAUGAUCCGAACACUUCCAAAACAAACACAGAAACACAGGCAGCACUAAUCGCUCUUUCAUCGACCUUGGUUGAUUUUUGUAGCGAAUGGAUUAUAUUGGUUGACUUUUCUCAAAAUAUCAAUUCUCGUAAGUUUCUGUCAACUUACAUCAGUGGAUCAUGAUAAUCAAUUCAAGACAUGUUUACUUGACGAGUUACUAAACAGUGCUUACUAAGACCC